UCCGAAAUCGCGACCGGUUCCGCACGAUGCUGCUCGAUACGCUCAUGUGGAGGUCACCUCAUGAAAUUGUUUCUCCACCCUGACGCAUCGCGGUCGGAGGGGCUUACUCGACGCCGGACCGUAUUGCGCCAGGCCAGAUGUGCCAAUGCCUCACUUUGCCAUUUCCCUCUAUAAAAACAGGUCGCGUUCCGAAUCCCCCAUUUUCCCAUGAAAGUACUCCUCUGUCAGCAACUCUCAAGUCAAUCAGUAAGCAGACGUGCGAGCAUAAAAGACAGCACUACCGACACCAUGCAGCUCAAGAACGCAGUUCUCUCCAUUUUUCUUCUCUUGUCGUGUUCACUGGUGAAUUCCACACCUGUUUAUAGGCGACAUGAACUUGUCGAUUUGGCCGUCAAAGUCACAGGUCAAGCUCGGUUCCUUUGGGUAGCGCACGUCGCCACAACAGGAGAUUAUGCCAUAGCUGUUGGCAGCGACAACUGGGACCUCGCUAACGCCAUCAAACCUAAAGCACUUGAGAUUGCACCAAAGAUGGCCAAUUUCCUUGGAUCUUUCUACCCGGACGCGGAUGUCGGCACUUUCGAAAAGCUCUUUGCGGAACAUAUCGUCCUGCUUUCCAAGAUCACGGACGAAACAAAAGCUGGGAACACGGAGAAAGUCAAGGAAUUGUAUAAGACCCUACUGGAUGGCACCAAGAAGCUUUCUGCAGUGGUCGAGAGCUUCAAUCCCCCUGCGUAUCCCAAGGACAAGAUAUUCGCUUUGUUGAAAGAACACGAAGACCUAGCAAUUGGAGCCGCCGGAGCCAUCAUUGAGCACCGCAAUGAGGAGGGAUAUGGGCUGGCUACGAAGGCGUUGGAGCAGAGUCAGGUCAUUGCUGACGGAUUGGCGGCUGGCAUUUAUCAAAAGCUGGGCUAUUGAGGGAAUGGAGGAGUUUGUACCUGUUCACUAUUGCCUGUAGGUCGUUGUCUACAAUAUCCUAGAGUAUCAUAUGUCAUAGUAUAUCGCAGUGAUAUGAAAAUAUAAUACCCUGUCAAAACGGA